ACGCAUGCGCGUACCGUCAAUCUGGGGGACAUGUGUUUUCAAGCACGACAUCGUUUUUCUAGCUAGUUAAAAUCAUAUUUCUUUCAGCUCAUGUUUUGCACGACAGCAUGGGGCCCGUAAUAGAGCUCAUUGCUGGAAGUUACGAGCAGAUCGCCUUUGGUUACCGGGUGUCUACAGGUGAAAAGGAGUGGACAGCCACGGCAGACUUCACCCACCAUGCCCACACUGCCUCAGUGUGCGCGGUGGCUACCAGCGAGAGGUAUAUCGCUACAGGAAGCAGAGACGAGACCAUCCAGAUCUACGACAUGAAGAAGAGGGUUGAACAUGGAGCUCUGCUGCAUCACGAUGGUACCAUUUCAUGUCUGGAGUUCUAUGGCUCCUCCCACCUGCUGAGUGGAGGACAGGACGGGCUGCUGUGUGUUUGGAGCACCAGGAACUGGGAGUGUCUUAAGUCCAUCAGAGCACACAAAGGUCAAGUUACGUCACUGUCCGUCCAUCCCUCAGGGAAACUGGCCCUGACUGUCGGCACAGACAAGACACUCCGAACGUGGAAUCUAAUCGACGGAAGAUCGGCUUUCAUCAAAAAUAUUAAACAGAAUGCGGUGAUAGUGAAGUGGUCUCCCGAGGGGGAUAAGUAUGUGGUAGUGAUCAGCGACAAGGUGGACGUUUAUGACCUGGAAACAGCGACUCUGACAUCAACCAUCAUCAACCCCAAGAGGAUCUCAUCCAUCAAGUUCCUCACUAAUUCCAUCCUGGCCAUAGCUGGGGACGACGAGACAGUCCGGCUGUGUGACAUCAACACUCAGAAGGUGCUCUGUGAGUUCGAGGCUCAUGAAACCAGGGUGAAAUCGGUGGACAGUUUCACCGUGGACGACUUCUGUGUUCUGGUGACGGCGUCAAACGAUGGCUUCAUCAAAAUGUGGAAACUUAACCUUGAGUCCUUGGAGCCUCCGGUCCUCCUGGGGAAGGUGAAUACUACGGCUCGGUUGACCUGUCUGGCCGUGUGGAAGCCCACCACUCUACAGGAGCCCCCAGAGGUCAAAACAGAACCUACCACAUCUCACGACGUCAAGGAUGUACUGGAGCUUGAGAAGAAGAGGAAGAGGGUCAGGAUCUCGACUGUAGAAGUGGUCCAAGAGGAAGAUGCUUCACCCAAGAAGAAAAAAGAUGGUGGGAAAAAAAAGCUGAAAACUUAAUAAAAAAAUAAAAUAUUUUAAAAAA